GCUUGCAGCACACAACCAUUGGAACAGAGAGUCSGAGGCACAUCGAAGCCGUGAUAAUGAAURCUGAAAAAGAUCGACAGAAAAAGGAAAGAUGGCGAGAUAAUUAAAGUUAAUCGCCACUAACGAAGUAAGGAGUCUCCACUACAUCACGAUCUACAAGAAACCUCUCAACUAUAGAUCACCAAUMCUUCUCAAUGACUUGACGYAAUCCUGAACGACGUACGAUGUCUUCUCUAAAAGAAAAACAUCUCUUUUUCUCAAAAUUCCAACCGUUUUUCGCCAUUUUUCUUCUCUUGACCUGCUGGUCACCUGCCGCAAGUUUUUGGUUCUUUAGCUGUCGUCAUGGCAAUGGCCGUGGUGACGUUGGUGAUUCGUGUUCAUUGUUUUGUCGAUGUCGUUCACCAAAUACCUGCGAAGCUGGCGUACAGCGGUGUGUAUCGCCAGGACAACUACACGAUUCAUGUCACAUGACCAGACCUUGUGGUAAAGGUCUUAGUUGUCAUCCGGGAAUUCAGAGAUGUUAUCACGUGCCACGCAGACUGUACGAGCCUUGUGUGGCGGGAUAUGAUUGCGGCAAUGCACUUACUUGUCAUCCGGGCAUUCAGGUAUGCUACCAUGCUAUACGGCGAUACAACGAGCCUUGCGUAGCUGGAUUCCCGUGUGGUCCAGGAUUAAGCUGUCAACCAGGCCUCCAGCGUUGUCUUCAUUUUCCGCGCCGCGAAGGGGAACGUUGUUCUCUUGGGUUCGAAUGCGGAAAAGGACUGGAAUGCACGAUGUGUGGUAGUGAACCAUACUUAACGUGUCAGAUGAAUAGAGUACCAAAUAUGGGUAAUGAGUUUUACAGCCGUCCAUACAACAAAGUGGCUUUUCUCGUUACCCACAAUUCCUUCUCCAACAGUAUGAAAUACGCCUUAUGGGUCCGCAAUCAAAGGGUCAGCGUUAGACGCCAGUUACAUGAUGGCGUGCGUGGAUUUAUGCUGGACAUUUAUCCAGGAUGGGGUGACAUAGAAGUUCAACUUUGCCAUGGUAACUGUUUCUGGGGGGGUUCAUCAAGCUUACUUGACACAUUGAUUGAGAUUCGUACAUUUAUGGAAAAAAACCCGCGUGAAGUUAUCACCAUUAUCUUUGAAGACUAUCUUCGAAACCCAACCAUCCUAAAGCGAGUCUUUGACCAAUCACAACUGUCCAGGCACGUGUUAACCUCAAACCUAUGGGGGUCUAGGUACAAGUCUUGGCCGACACUGAAAGACAUGCGCAGACUAGGUAGACUAGUUGUGUUUAAUAAUAUUGGAUUAGACGGGUUUCCUUACACGCCUCAUAACAUGUGGUAUAGAGUUAGAGAGAACAGAUAUGGAAAACGAGGACUGGACACUACGACAUGUGUAGAUAGGGGAGAGUCAGCUUUCAAUGCAAGGUUUAACACUGAGUGGAGUCUGGUACUAGUUAACUGGUUUAGUACAAUUCCUAAUCCAUUUGAUCCUUGUCUUAAUCCCUUGUAUAAACUGAAGAAAAAGCUCAAUUCAUGUUACAAAGCGUUUGGUCAACGAGCGAACUUUUUAGCGGUUGACUACUAUCAGAAUGGAGCAAAGGGCGGAGCUUUUAAAGCGCUACAGUGGCUGAAUGAACAAUGGAAAGGACAAUUCAAGAAAGAAAGAAGAAGCAAGACCUGGAGUUUGUUUGAUGCUAUGGUUACUAAAUUGUUCCAUUACAACAACAGCAUGAUGGGAAUAGUUCCUAAUAUGGACCAAGAAAGUAUGACAAAUCAAAGCCAGCCUCACUUGACAGACAAUACUGUUACAAAUCAUACAAGACUUAGCCAUAAUGUAACGCACAGUCACAUGACUAAUGAGACUGCUGCAAUGGCCACCAGUCUUAUCACAGUCCAAAUCAACAAUCUGACAAAUAUUCGCGAUUACUCAAGAAACACCAACAACAAUAAUAUCUUAAAUACCAGMAGUCAAAUGAUCCACAGGAUCAAUGAUACAACGAGUAGAGACAUGACUGGCAAUACAACAAAGUAUAUAACAAAUGAUCACAUAAUUAAUUCAACAAAUGACGUAAAAUAUACUGGAAACCAUGUGAUCAAUAUGACUUACAACGCGAAUACAAAAGACCUACAAACUUCAACGAGUCAGGAAAUGAAUGGAGAUCAGUUAAGCAUGCCAAAUGCAAAUAAUUCCUUGUUAAACAUAUCAAGUCACAAAGACAUGAUCAAUGAAACAGGUCUCACUAAAGAUAAUAUAGACAUGUAUGUGACAAGACUUCAAGCAACUAACAAAUCAGACCCAAGCUUGAUUGAUUGGUUUACUCAUAAAACUACUCCAUUGAACUCUAGUGAGUUAUACUUUGGUUCCAACACCAACUCAACAAAUAAGAACAUGACUUAUGUUAAUUCCACAAAUAGAGAAAUAGCCUUUGCAAGAGUAUUGACAAACAAUGAAUUAAAUACCACAAGUUUAGAUCAAGUAAACAAGUCCGGUCAUUAUGUAAGAAUGGGGGAAUUUGACCUAAGCACACCAGACAAUGGAAGCACAAGAAAUGAUUUGAUAAAUUCAAAAAGAACAGACAUUGUGAAUGGUGGUAAUAGUUCCUGGACAGAUGGUGGUUGGCAGGAAAAGUCUUUAUCCAGUCAUACAGACAUAAUGGACAUUGACAGCCCAAUUGAUGAAUUCAACACUAAAAACAAUAAGACUAUGGAUGGCAAUGCUGUAAGCCAUGUUUCUGAAGACACAAACUUUGCAUCAGCCUUGCCUGAUGGUCAUAUACACAAUGACACAAAUGAAUUCACCAAUCAAACAGGGAUAAUAAUAGAUAAUAACAACAAAUAUAAUAAUUCCACAGUCAAAAAUGACAAGCAACACAGCCAUUAUUUUUCCUUCAGUGAUAACAAUAACAUAAGACUAAAUAUGCAGAGCAAUGACAAUAUAGACUUUCAAGACAGAUUAGUACAGGAACAACAAAUUAUUAACAACACAAGCACUAGUCCUAUAACAAACCAGACAAGAUAUGAAGGCAGUGCUGCUAAUGACACUACUUCAUUUUACAAUGGUGUGGAACUAAGAAAAGGGUUGAUUAAGAUACCUGUUAGUGAUUAUCAGGAAGGCGCACAGUCAUUAGAAGAAUACAUUGACCUAAUAUGAUCAAUAGUCAUUGUCAAAAUAAAAAUAAGGAGAAAAUGUGUGAUUU